AUGGCGUUCACAAGUCCCGUGCCAGAGGAGGCAAGGCCUGUUUGGAGCAAGGAAGAUGCGGGCAUCGCUGAGCUCAUGUUCGCGAAGGAGGAGGCCAGAGAUCGUGUGGGAAGGUAUGCAAAGCUGCACUUCCGCUGGACGGUCUUCAUGAAGCUCAUCGGCCUAGUUGCGCUGAUGUCGCUGUUUUCCGUGCAGUGGAUCUCGGAAACUCGCUCCGAGGCAUUGCUCAGAGUCACUGAGCUGUCGUCUCUUGGAAAGGACGUCCUAUUACAGGAUCUCAUCUUGACAUCUUCUGCCCGAAUGCUGGCACUGUCAGGAGACUUGCGCUGGCGUGAUGAGUACUUCCUGAACGUGCAGCCUCUGUUGAGCAUCAUGUCCACCAUCGAGCGACGAGCGCCUGACAUUGCCAAAGAGUUCAUGCGUACGACAGCGGUGGCGAACGAACGGCUAGCGGCUCUGGAAAGGAAGGCCAUCGAGCUGUCCAAAACCAACACCACCCUUGCUGCGGCCGUGAUCUUCAGCAGCGCCUACGAGACCGACAAAGCGCUUCUGCUCCAAGGCGUCGAGUCCAUGAACCGAAUGAUCCUAGAGACGCGUAGCGGCUACCAGCAGGUGCAGUCCUGGUGGAGCAUCUUCAGCCUCUCCUUGGUGAUCGUUGCCUUAGUCAGCAAAUGUAUUAUGAUUGUGCCCAUGCGGCAUCUGGAUCGAAGCCUUCAGAAGCUCAGCAAGGAAGCGGAUGAUGCACAAGCGGUGUAUGGCCAGCAGGUGCGGCAGCGCUUGCUGAAGAGAGCCGAAGAUGUCGUGGUCACGGUACAAGGGCCGUGCUCUAAGCCGACCUUGAGACGUCCUUUCAAGUCCGGAGAUCCGUGGCUCAAAGGCCCGACGACCCUGAAGCAAAGGCUCUCCUACCUUGCGGCGUGCGCACAGCUCUCGGCACUCACCGGCUUCGCCAUCCCCGCGGCUCUUACCUUGGUGUCUCUUUAUAAGGCACAGCUCGCAGACCCCUUGCAGCAGCUCAUUUGGCAUGCCAAGGACACGGCAUUUUAUGAUGUGGCCUUGACCUCCAGCGCACGCAUCUGUGCCCUGUCGCUGGAUGAGAGCUGGGCCGAGAAGUACGAUGAGUUCAUCGCCCCGAUGGAUUCAGCUUUGGAAGGUCUGGCCAUUGCCUCCCCAGAAUUGAGCUCGGAGUUUGCUGCGAGGACAUCAGCUGCGAACGAUGCCUUGAUUGACAUGGAGACAGUUGCACUGGAAGCAUGCACCUCUGGCUCAUCUUAUGGUAGCAUCGUAUUGUCGAGCACGGACUAUGAGGGCAACAAGACGCUCCUUACAGCUGGGAUCAACAACAUCACCCAGGCCGUCUCCCAAAUGCGGGACUCCUUCGAGGAUGAUGAGAGACUUUACCGCGUGGUCCAGCGCAUUUUGAUGAUGGUCAGCACUUUUCUGAUCGUCACCGCCGACCUGUGCGCCGUAGUAGUGGCAGCUUGGAUGGAGGCUUUGUCCUCGAGGGAUGAUGCAGAGGUUGAUGAGUCAGCAGAGCACGGAUUCUUGGCAGACGCCAUGGGCCUCGCCGUGCUGAACCUUGCCUCUGCCAAAGCCACGAAACUUCAGCUCUGA